GAGAUGGUGGACUAAACAUGGGAGACUGGAAUUUCCUUGGGGUCAUCCUAGAAGAAGUUCACAUCCAUUCCACAAUUGUUGGAAAAAUUUGGCUUACAAUUCUGUUUAUAUUCCGCAUGCUUGUAUUGGGAGUGGCAGCUGAAGAGGUUUGGAAUGAUGAGCAGUCGCAGUUUGUAUGUAACACAGACCAACCUGGAUGCAAAAAUGUUUGUUAUGACCAGGCUUUUCCUAUCUCACUUAUCAGAUAUUGGGUUCUGCAAGUAAUAUUUGUAUCCUCACCUUCUUUGGUUUACAUGGGCCAUGCUAUUUACAGGCUGAGAGCAUUGGAGAAAGAACGACAUAGGAAAAAAGCUCAGCUUAGAGGGGAGCUUGAAGGAGUUGAGUAUGAUCUGAGUGAAGACCGCAGAAGGUUGGAGCGUGAACUCAGACACUUAGAGCAAAAAAGGCUGAAUAAGGCUCCAUUACGGGGUUCUCUUCUCUUCACCUAUGUAAUACAUAUUUUUACAAGAUCUGCUGUCGAGAUUGGUUUUAUGAUUGGACAGCAUUUGCUUUAUGGAGUUCAGCUGAAUCCUCUUUACAAGUGUGAAAGAGACCCAUGUCCCAAUGUUGUUGAUUGUUUUGUAUCAAGGCCUACAGAAAAAACUGUAUUUAUGCUUUUUAUGCAGUGCAUAGCAGCUGUCUCUUUGUUCCUAAAUAUUUUGGAAAUUGCACAUCUUGGGGUUAAAAGAAUAAAAAAAGCAUAUAUGAUGAGGUAUAAAAUGAAAGAAGAGUUUGAUGACUUUUAUGUAAUUAAACCCAAGAAAACCUCCACAGUAAGCCACACUUGCAUAGGUACGUCCUCUAGUCCACAAAAGACUCUUCCUUCUGCACCUAGCAAUUAUACAUUGUUGAUAGAAAAACAGAGUGACCCCACUGUGUAUACCGUUUUAAAUCCUCCAUGUGGGUACCAUCCCAUAGAAGAUGGUCAGAAUGAUAUUUGUAAUACUUUCAUGGAGGAUGAGCAAGAAACAAAAUCAGCCAAUGGUAUCAAUGCCACAAACACAGUUGAAAGUCACUAUCAUGACAACCUUGACAAUAAUAAUGGGAGGAUAAACAAAACAUUAGAUGCAGAUGUUAAGACUUUGCAUUGCCAUGGAGAAAGAAGAACUGGUUGUAUAAGAAGUACUUAUGUAGAAAAUGCUCCUCUUAUACAGACAACAACAACUGAUGUACCAUCUGAUGACACUGUGGAUUACUCCUUACAAAAUAUAUCCUGUCCAAUGCCCACUAACGUACUCCGGAAAUCCAGAAGAGUCAGCGCUCCAUGGAAUGGUUCUAAAGCAGCAGAGAGAGGAGGCUUUGUUCAAGAUUCUGGAUGCAGGGGGCGCAGUAGCUUCAGUGCAAAUUUAUCAUGGGGACUCUCCAAGUCUGAUCUGAAACGAGUUAGCAGGCCAUCCACACCAGAAGUAAUGGGAGAAAUGAGCCCAAAAUCCAAACAGGAUAAAACAUGUGAAGGUUCUGUGACCUUCUCUCCAUCACGACGGAUGUCACUGGCAAGUAAUGCCAGCAGCCGGCGUGCCCCAACUGAUCUACAGAUCUAAGCUCUAUGGUCCUGCAGCUGUCAUCCCUUAUGAAGAAGCACUAAGAAAUAACCACAACAGCAGCCUCAUUGAUUGUAAACUACGAAUGACAACAUUCAUCACUAACAGCAGAUUCUUCAACUUCUAACAGAACUGGAAAUCUCAAACAUGAAACUCAAAUACCCUAAGGCCAUGCUAAUGAGACAACUAAUUGACAGCAUGGAACCCUAACACAACAAACUAUACAAUAAACUGUUGCUAUGCAUAUGUAGACAAAGCUAAAUAUAUCUUUGCUUGGGUAAAGAAGUGCGGAGAUGCAUCAAGUGCCACACGAAGUUUUCCCUGCAGUCACAUGAAAUGACCAACCCUAUGGUGCUAAACUUAUUAAACCAGAACUAUAGUUACAGUAACAAGCUGAAAGAUUUAAACACAUCUCAUUUAUAAUCUGGUAUCUUUCAGUACCCCAAAUUUAAUGCAUUAGCACCAUGCCUGUCCUUGCCAUUGAUGUUCUAACAUAGAUAAGGAAAUAACAAAACCCAUAUAAAUAGCCAACUACUAUCUUCAGUACCAGUAAGCUAAACAGACCACUUUAUCUUUGCAGAUCUCAGUAAUGUUUUUAUUUGUGAACAUACCUGUAUAUUUGUUAACAACAGCAUCCCACUAUCCUGCUAUGGGGUCAGCAACACAAUUUAGAUUUUAACAUGAAUUUGAUUACAGCAGAGUAGCAAAUAAAUGCAAAAUUUCUCAUUUGCCUGGAAGCACCAUUUUUAGGUACUACCAUUUACCUUUUUAGUACAGCUGCAGUGCAUCAGUAUCAAGGCAAUUUAACCACAAUAUAAAAGGGUUGUAAACCCAGAUAUAAGAUGUUACCUAAUGAAAGCACACU